UACUAUCAAUGUGAAGGCGGGCAGUGCAUCAGUCGCAUGACACAGAGUUCAGUGCUCUAAGUUGUACCUGUUGAGAGUGCUAUAUCUCUGAAGUAAGUCGCCGGCACCUCGUCCGCAGUGGACUUUCUGCAAGCAACAGUUGAAGGUCUCUGUUGGUUGUGACUAGUAUUUCCACUGCCAUGGAGUCCCUGUCUUCACCUUUUCAUGGAGGCCGAGGCAACCGUGAUUUACAAGUGGAAAAUGAACCGGUAGGUAAGGGAUCCCGUCGCAAAAGGGAAUUCAUACCUGAAGAGAAAAAAGAUUCAUUCUACUGGGAGAAACGUCGCAAGAACAACGAGGCAGCCAAACGGUCCCGGGAGAAGAGAAAGACGAAUGACCAUGUGCUGGGGACUCAUCUCAUGGCCCUGAAAGAAGAAAAUGCCAGGCUUAGUGCUGAAUUAAUGGCCAUCAAGCUCCACUUUGGCCUGGUCCGCCCUACAGCACACACUGCUCAGCAGAGUAACCAACUGCAUUACCGCAUCCACAGCAGCACCCACCGCCCGUCCCUGCCGAGGGACUACUACUGGGGGGGCAGAGACUCUUCUGUCAUGCCGAGCCACCAGGCCUCUCAACCCCUUUUCAUUCCUGCAUAUGCCCUCCAUACCAUGAACUCUGGCCUUGUCACUCCCUUUGUUCUCCCUCAAAAUCUCCUGCCCACCCAUUCAUCCGGCCCAGGGGCUCCUCUACUGAAGCCCAUUCCUACAAGAGCCGGCUCUGAUGAGGAGGAGGAGCAGCAGGUCCCCGGGGUGCCGUCCUUGUCAUCCUCCGCCCCGCCUCGCAAAGUCACCAGCAAAGGAUACAUACACGCCGCUCCACCAAGACAGCGCAUGUCUGACUGACUGUCCAAACUAUUGUACGGUUGUUAGAGUGAUGGAGUGAGAAAUGAAAGAAGUUAAUUUCUCCGCAUGCCAUGUUAAACAUUCCUGCUGAUACAGCAACUUUAAGAGCUUUAUUUUUGUAAAUUGAUUGAAGCGUUUAAACCUGCACACUCCCCACCUUUCGUGUCACAGCACACAAUUACACCUGGCAUUAAAACCCAUUCUGGAUGACUGGAUUGCACUUGCAUAGCGCUUGAAAGCACGGAUGUAAAUGCACCCAUGGUGCACUGAGGUGAAUGCUGAUCAUUCACACUACAGCCACAUGAGGAAGAUAUCCCCCUCCCCCCCCCCAAAAAAAGAGCUUUGAAGCUUCAGCUCCUUUCUGUCUUGCGUAUGUCAAAGCAGAUGUUCAGAUGUGAAUUAUGAAUGAGGUCACUGACCUGAGCUCACCAUUUUUCGCUUCAGAGGACUGCUAAUAAUUCAACCACAUCAAGCAACAAAAACAUAUUUUGUAGAUAGAUAAGCCCUACUUGAUGCUGAUGUAAAUCUGCAGCUGUUACGUGAGGGAAAUUUGCUGUAAAACGUACAACUAUUACACUGUGAGACCUUAUGUAUCUAGGUUUUCUGAGACUCCUUAUUUGUUGUUAGUUCUGGUCAAAGCCAGACAUAGAUGGACCAUGGAAAGACUGUGUGCUUGUAACUCUUCAUAAAACUGAUUCCGACCAGU